CGCGCUCCGCUCCUGCGCAGCCCCAGGUGCGGCUGUGGUCGCCGAGCAGCCCCGAGAUGGCCUCUGUGGUCUUUGAGGAUGUGGCUGUGAAAUUCACCCCAGACGAGUGGGCUUUGCUGGAUCGAGAUCAGAGGAAGCUCUACAGAGAUGUGAUGCUGGAGACGUGCAGGAACCUGGCCGCCGUGGAGGAGCAGAAAUUUCACAGCAGUGGAGAUCUGAGCCGAAUACAGGAAGGGCAUUUGAGAAGUCCUUUGGUGGAAGGUGUCUGUGAACAUAUUGAAGGAGAUCAAUGUGGAGAAUCCCUGAACCCGGUUACAAGUCUUACUGUGCGUGAAGGGCGUCCCACUGGAGGCAAAUCCUGUGAAUGCGCUAAGUGUAGAGAAGCCCUCACAGACGGUUCCUUCCUUGAGAAGCCGGAAAGAUCUCAGCCAGGACUCAAACCUAGUCCCAGUGAGGAAUGUGGGCCAGCCUGCAUCCCCGUCUUGAGCCUCAGCACUCACAUGGACGCAGACCUUGUAGAGAAACCUGGUGAAGGUCAGGACACUGGGAGAGCAUCUAAGACAUCGAAAUGUCUCAGUAAUAAAAUAUCUCUGGAGUGCCAGAAAUGUGGAAAAGCUUUCACUUGCACAUGUUCCUUUCUGGGCCAUGUGCGAAAUGACUGUGGACAGAGUGUCCAUACGUGUGACGUGUGUGGGAAGACCUUCUUGUAUCUCUCCUUCCUUACACGUCAUGUGAGAACUCACACUGGGCUGAGAACCUCUCAAUGUCAGGAGUGUGGGAGAGUCUUCCAGUAUAAGUCAUGUUUGAAAAAACACGUGAAGACACAUGCUCAGGAGAAACCCUAUACGUAUCAGCCGUGUGGGAAAGCCUUCCCUGGUCAGCAGUCCUUUUUAGAACCCAUGAAAGGGCACACAGGGGAUGGACCCUGGGAGUGUAAAGUGUGCGGGACAACUUUCAAGAUACGUGUACAUUUUGAACGUCACAUGACCACACACAACGUAGUGAAACCCCAUGAAUGUCAGGAGUGCGGCAAAGCCUUCAGGUAUCACCCAGAGCUGCAAGUACAUAUGAGGACACACACUGGGGAGAGACCCUAUGAAUGUAAGCAAUGUGGGAAAUCCUACCGGAAGCAUCAUCAUAUUAAACGACACAUGUCCACUCACAGUACAGUGAAACCCUAUGAAUGUCAGGAGUGUGGCAGAGCCUUCGGGCAUCAAUCAUACCUGCGAGUACAUAUGAGGAUACACACUAAGAAAAGACUGUAUGAAUGUAAGCAAUGUGGACAAGUCUUCCGGGACUACACAGACCUGCGAGUGCAUAUGGGGACACACACUGGGGAAGGACCCUGUUAAUGUAAGAAAUGUGGGAAAGCCUUCCGGGUGUAUACUCAUUAAACGUCACAUGACCACUCAGUGCAGUGAAACCCUAUGAAUGUAAGGAGUGUGGCAGAGCCUUGCGGGAUCACCCAGACCUGCAGCUACAUAUGAAGACACACACUGGUGAAAAACCCUAUGAAUGUAAGGAGUGGGAUAACUUUCAGAUAUCGGAAUCUGUGAGAACAUCUGAAGACACACAAUGGAGAGAGACCCUAUAAAUGUCAGCACUGUGGAAAAGCAUUUAGUCGUCACUGUACCCUUGUGCUACAUACUGAGAAUUCACAAAAAGAUGGACACUUGGAAAGUAAGGAGUGAGAGGAAACUUUCAGGAAGCAUCGACCUUUUGAAUGUCACUGAACUCCACACGAUGUGAUGAAACCGUGUAUAUCAGGAGUGUGGCGGCGCCUUCAGGUGUCCAUCACUCCUGCAGGUUCACGUGUAGUCACACGCUGCGGAGAGACCUUUUGAGUGUACGGAGUGUGGGAAAGCUUUCAGUCAGCUGCAGAAUUUUCAAGGUCAUUUGAAAACACACAGCGCAGUUAAACCCUAUGAAGGUAAGAGGUGUGGGAAGGCGUACAGGUUCUCAUCUCUUCGAGUGCACAUGAAGCAACACCCUGGGUGAGACCUUGACACGCCCCCGCUCCUGCAAGAACACGUGAGGCUGCACAGUGGACAGUAAGCCUUUGUAUGUAAGGACUCUGGUAAGACCGUCCAGAGUCCCAAAGACCUGCAAGUAAUGUGAUGACCAUCGGUGGGCAGAACCUUAUGAAUGACUGCUCUGUGGGAAAGCCUUCAGUUGUCCCUCUUCCCUUGGAGGACACAUGUGAAUGUAAGAACCAUGGAAAAGCCUUUAGGUAUCUCAGGAAUCUGUGAGCACAGACACACUGUGAGAAAGCAUUUACUGUCCCUUCAGGUCUUAGUGAAAAUGCGAGCCAGUACAAUGGAGAUGAUCCUGAAUGGACACAAUUUCGAGAAAAUCAGGUAUACAACUUCAUGUAUUUUGUUCAUGAAAAUUCAGUCAGGAGAGAAAUCUUUUCAUUGUUGUGGAUAUGGUUUUGAGUUUCCAGGUGCCUCUUCUUUGGUUGGGAUCCUAAGUGUAUGAAUUCCUAGUUCGUGUCACUGAUAGGAAAACUGAUGGUUUUAAGUGGCCUUCGUUGUCCUCUACGUCUGUACAACCUAGAUGUUGUUAUCUCAGACUUGAAGUAAUGACACAGUUAUGUACAACGUGUUUCUUUUCCAUUUCAAUGUCUUUGGACCCGGAGGUGAUAAAAAUGUGUCUGUUGUUGCUAUGUACAUACAACUUUGUAUACUUUUACAAAAAAAACCUCUUGAAUUAUAUGUUCCAAAAUGUUCCUGUUAAGUUUUCUUGACGUGAGACCCUUCAUUGUUGGAAGUUCUCUGUUCUCUGUUGUGAUACUGGGAUAAUCUGAUUUUGUGUCUCGUCUUCUUUACAGGUUAUAUUAAUAAAAGAUGUAUUUUCACAUCAA